CGGAGCAGUACCGAGUUCUGCAGCCCAAGGGGCCCAGUUUCUGGGUGGCAGCAGUGUUGGAAGUGGUGCCCAGCAGCCUCUGAGGUCUCCUAGAGAGUCUGCCCCCUGUCUCUGCAAGGAUGGGUCUCCAGGGGACAUUCUGCUUCCGCCUGGGGAUCCUAUUUGGCUCUGUGCUCUUGGUGGCGUCAGCCCCAGCCACUCUCGAACCUCACGGCUGCAGCGACAAGGAACAACAGGUCACUGUCAGCCAUACCUACAAGAUUGACGUGCCCAAGUCCGCUCUGGUCCAGGUGGAGACUGACCCUCAGUCCCUGAGUGAUGAUGGGGCCUCGCUCCUGGCCCCGGGGGAGGCUGAGGAACAGAACAUCAUCUUCAGGCACAACAUCCGCCUGCAGACGCCGCAGAAGGACUGUGAGCUGGCAGGCAGCGUCCAAGACCUCUUGGCCCGGGUGAAGAAGCUGGAGGAGGAGAUGGCGGAGAUGAAGGAAAAGUGUGAUGUCCAGCGUUGCUGCCAAGGAGCUGCUGGCGGCAGCCACAACUGCAGCGGUCACGGGACCUUCUCUCCGGAGACGUGCACCUGCCGCUGCGAGCAGGGCUGGGAGGGCGUCGGCGUGCGANGGGGGCGCCCCGCCUGCCCCGGAGCGUGCAGUGGCCACGGGCGCUGCACCGCCGGCCGCUGCGAGUGCGAGCCGCCGUACGUGGGCGCCGACUGCGCCUACCCCGCCUGCCCCGACGACUGCAGCGGACACGGCGUGUGCGUGCGCGGCGUGUGCCAGUGCCACGACGACUUCACGUCCGAGGACUGCAGCGAGCGCCGCUGCCCCGGCGACUGCAGCGGCCACGGCUUCUGCGACACGGGCGAGUGCUACUGCGAGGAGGGCUUCCGAGGCCUCGACUGCGCCCAGGUGGUGGCUCCCCAGGGCCUGCAGCUGCUCGACAGCACGGAGGAGUCCCUGCUGGUGAGCUGGGAGCCCUCCAGCGACGUGGGUCACUACCUCCUCAGCUACUACCCUCUGGGGCAGGAGGUCUCUGGGAAGCAGAUCCAAGUGCCCAAGGAGCAGCACACCUAUGAGAUCGUCGGUUUGCAGCCUGGAACCAAGUACAUAGUCACGCUACGCAACGUGAAGAAAGAGGUUUCCAGCAGCCCACAGCACCUACUUGCCACCACAGAUCUUGCUGUGCUUGGCACCGCGUGGGUGACGGAUGAGACUGAGAACUCGCUUGAUGUGGAAUGGGAGAACCCCCCGACUGAGGUGGACUACUACAAGCUGCAGUAUGGCCCCCUGACAGGGCAGGAGGUGGCUGAGGUCACCGUGCCCAAGAGCAAUGACCCCAAGAGCCGAUAUGACAUCACCGGUCUACAGCCCGGGACGGAAUAUAAGAUCACCGUCGUUCCCAUGAAAGGAGAACUGGAGGGCAAGCCGAUUCUCCUGAAUGGCAGGACAGAAAUUGAUAGCCCAACCAAUGUGGUCACUGAUCGAGUGACAGAAGACACAGCGGUGGUCUCCUGGGUCCCCGUCCAGGCUGUCAUAGAUAAGUACGUGGUGCGUUUCACCUCCGCUGAUGGGGACACGAAGGACAUGGCGGUCCCCAGGGAGCAGAGCAGCACCGUCCUGACGGGCCUGAAGCCAGGAGAGGCGUACAGAGUCUACGUGUGGGCCGAGAGGGGCAACCAGGAGAGCAAGAAGGCCGACACCAACGCCCUCACGGAAAUCGAUAGCCCAACAAACCUGGCCACCGACCGGGUGACAGAGAACACGGCCACCGUCUCCUGGGACCCGGUGCAGGCUGAUAUCGACAAGUACAUGGUGCGCUACACCCCCCCUACACUCCGCUCUUUCAUCAUAGUGAUCCUGUUGGCAGACGCAUCUCUCCUGCUGGUCACCUGCUCCCUCUCCUCUGCCUGCACAUGUGGGGUGCACUCCGACAUUGACAGCCCAACAAAUCUGGUGACUGACCGGGUGACAGAGAACACAGCCACCAUCUCCUGGGACCCGGUGCAGGCCGUCAUCGACAAGUACAUGGUGCGCUACACGUCUGCGGACGGAGACACCAGGGAGGUGUCCGUGGGGAAGGAACAGAGCAGCACCAUCCUGACGGGCCUGAGGCCAGGUGUGGAGUACACGGUCCAGGUGUGGGCCCAGAAGGGGGACCGGGAGAGCAAGAAGGCUGACACUAAGGCCCCAACAGAAAUUGACAGCCCCAAAAACCUGGUGACCGACCGGGUGACAGAGGACGCGGCCACCAUCUCCUGGGACCCGGUGCAGGCGGUCAUCGACAAGUACAUGGUGCACUACACAUCUGCGGACGGAGACACCAGGGAGGUGUCCGUGGGGAAGGAGCAGAGCAGCACCGUCCUGACGGGCCUGAGGCCAGGUGUGGAGUACACGGUCCAGGUGUGGGCCCAGAAGGGGGCCCGGGAGAGCAAGAAGGCCGACACCAAGGCCCCGACAGAUAUUGACAGCCCCAAAAACCUGGUGACCGACCGGGUGACAGAGAACACGGCCACCAUCUCCUGGGACCCGGUGCAGGCCGUCAUUGACAGGUACAUGGUGCGCUACACGUCUGCGGACGGAGACACCAGGGAGAUUCCGGUGGGGAAGGAGCAGAGCAGCACCAUCCUGACGGGCCUGAGGCCAGGUGUGGAGUACACGGUCCAGGUGUGGGCCCGGAAGGGGGCCCGGGAGAGCAAGAAGGCAGACACCAAGGCCCCGACAGAAAUCGACAGCCCCCAAAACCUGGUGACCAACCGGGUGACAGAGGACACGGCCACCGUCUCCUGGGACCCGGUGCGGGCCGUCAUCGACACGUACAUGGUGCGCUACACGUCUGCGGACGGAGACACCAGGGAGGUGUCCGUGGGGAAGGAGCAGAGCAGCACCGUCCUGACGGGCCUGAGGCCAGGUGUGGAGUACACGGUCCAGGUGUGGGCCCAGAAGGGGGCCCGGGAGAGCAAGAAGGCCGACACCAAGGCCCUGACAGACAUUGACCCUCCCAGAAACCUUCGUCCAUCUGCCGUCACACAGUCCGGAGGGGUGCUGACCUGGACAGCGCCCUCUGCUCAGAUCGAUGGCUACAUUCUCACCUACCAGUUCCCAGAUGGCACCAUUAAGGAGGUACAGCUUGGAAGAGGAGACGAGAGGCUUGAGUUGCAAGGCCUUGAGCAGGGAAUCACCUACCCUGUCUCCUUGGUUGCCUUUAAGGGUGAUCACCGGAGCAAGAGUGUGUCUACCACCCUUUCCACAGUUGGUGCACGUUUUCCACAUCCUUCGGACUGCAGUCAAGUUCAGCAGAACAGCAAUGUCGCCAGUGGUCUGUACACCAUCUACCUGCACGGUGACACCAGCCGGCCCCUGCAGGUGUACUGUGACAUGGACACCGACGGAGGCGGCUGGAUUGUCUUCCAGAGACGCAACACUGGGCAGCUGGAUUUCUUCAAGCGCUGGCGGACCUACGUGGAAGGCUUUGGGGACCCCAUGAAGGAGUUCUGGCUUGGACUUGACAAGCUACACAAUCUCACCACUGGCACCCCUACCCGCUAUGAGGUGAGAGUGGACCUGCAGACUGCCAACGAAUCCGCCUACGCCGUGUAUGAUUCCUUCCAGGUGGCCUCCAGCAAGGAGCGGUACAGGCUGUCGGUUGGGAAAUACAGAGGCACCGCAGGGGACGCUCUUACUUACCACAAUGGAUGGAAGUUUACAACUUUUGACAGAGACAAUGAUAUUGCCCUCAGCAACUGUGCCCUGACCCAUCAUGGUGGCUGGUGGUACAAGAACUGCCACUUGGCCAACCCCAAUGGCAGAUACGGGGAGACCAAACACAGUGAGGGGGUGAACUGGGAGCCGUGGAAAGGACAUGAAUUCUCCAUUCCUUACGUGGAGUUGAAAAUCCGCCCUCAUGGCUACAGCGGGGAGCAUGUCCUGGACAGAAAGAAGCGGACACUGGGAGAAAAGUCGAGAACAUUCUGAUGACCUAUGGGAGAAGUCGUCACAUGAGAGAAGACCGGCCCAGGGUUGGGGCUGUGUAGGCUUGGGGCAGUGUGGGUGGUAGUGACUGGUUCAUGGGAGUUUGGGGAGGCUCCUGGCCUCUGGUUUCUGAGAUGGCUGGAUAACCUGCAGGACAAAGCACAUGACCAAGCUUCAGACCAUACAGGUUCCUUCCCUGUCACCUGCAUUUUUGCUCCUCUAUAUUGGGGGCCUGAAAAUCAACCAAUGGUAGCAUACGAGAGAGACAACACCAGGCCACAAGGUUUUUCAGUCUAUCUUCAGUAACAAAUAUAUGGGAUUGGGGGAAAAAAAGGAAAAAAAGAAUCAUCUAGCACUUUGCCAAUUGGAAAUCUCUGGAAAUUGGUAUAUAUAGAUAUAUAGAUGUAAAUAUAUCUAUAUAUAUAUUUUAUGUAAAGCUCUGCUACUAGAAAUCUUCCCUUAGAAAGAAACACCAAGGAGGGGUUCUCUUUGAUGGCCAAGGGGCUAAAGUGGUCUGAUGUUUGUUACCUCCCAUUACCACUGGGUUUUGAGGAAAAAGCUGUAAAACUUUCCCUGUUUUUUUUUUUUUAAAAAAGCUAAUGUUAAGAGGAAGAACAAAGGGAACUAGGAGAGACCAAGAUGGACUCCCGUCUAGCAAAGUUGUGACCAGUGUCCAGCAUGCUGGAAACCCAGCUUCUGUGUUACAGCUCCUCUUGAGGGCCCCCUUCCCACCUAUUUGCAUAAUCACUUGCAUAGAUCUGCAUAUGUUGUGAAUAAAUUCUCACUCAUUUCAACUUUAAAUAAUUUGACUCUUCUGAUGAUUGAUUCUUCCCAAAGACUCUCUGUGACUCCCUCUCAUGCCCUCUGGCCCUCAGCCCCCCCUCCUUUCCCUGGCCCCCCACAUGGUCGGACCCUUAGGUUUUCUGAAGGCACUCCACGACGGAGGCAUACUGUUUGAAUGGGCACUUGGCCAGUCGUAUCCUUUGGGCUUAUUUUCCUGUGACUCUGGAAGGUUUUUCUGUAGUGAAGUCCAUGAUCAUUAUUAAAGUAACUUAAAUUCCUAUUCAAGAAAGAAAAAAUAAUAAACCACCUGAUUUUAAAAAAAUGUGCCUUGUGUUCUUGAACUCACACGAGUGCACUUGAUUUCUAAAUUUAACCUAAGUGCACGCAAAGGUACAAUUUGUGCAUUGUAGUGGCAUUUGGUCGGCCUGGGGUCUCACGCUUGGGAGACGGCGAACAAUGGGGUUUGGAGCCAGGAGAGGUGAGGGAGUGGGAAGGGGGGCACGUGCCCUAAAGGCUGCAGUGUUGUUCCAGGACCAGAGGCCUUCACUGCCGGGGCUUCUCCAGGCUUUCACCUCCAGCUGAAGGCCAAGCCGUACUCUUGAAAGGGCUCACCUCACCCCUGUAAGUUUUCAGCCUCUGCGCCCCCCUCCCC